CCCGUCCUUCCCCCCGGGAGUCCCGAGCCGGGGCCGGGCCGGGGAGCCGGGCGCUGCCCCCGCCUGCGGGGCUCGGGCCGGGGCGGGGGGGGCACGGGCCGGGCGCCCUCGAGAGGGGCCGGGCGGGGACGCGGCAUUCCUGGAGUCCGCUCGGCGGGGCCGGGAGGUGGCCGGAGCGCGGCGGGCAGCCCGGGCGACCCACAGACCUGGGAGGCGGCCACCUGGAGCCCGGCGAGGCGGGGUCCCGGGACCCCGGAGGACCGAGCCCCGCGCCAAAGUCGGGAGAGCGAGUCCGAGGAGGGAGCGGGUCUGCGGGAGGAGACGGCGCGCGCGGAGGAGGAGGGGGCCGGGAGAGGAAGCGGGCGGGAGGGAGGGGGGCUCAGGGGAGUCCGAGGCCGGGCCGACGGGAGGCGAGGGGAGGCCGACACCUCGGGCCGCGCCGCUCUCCCUCCCCGGCCCGCCGGGAGGGGAGGGCGGGAAGGAGGGCGGGCGAGAGGAGGGCGGAGGGCAGAGCCGCGCCGGGCUGGUCCGGGCCGGGCCGCGGGAGUCGCGGCUUCCUCGCUGCGCGCCGCGCGGCCGGAGCCACCAUGCUGCCCGUGGCGGGCGAGCCGGCGGCAGCGACUCCGCUCUGCGUUCCAGAUGCCCUCCCCAGACUCCCACCUCCCAGAGGACGCGUCCCCGCUUCCUCCUGCGCCCGGCCCGGCCCGCCCCUCUGGGGGGACUCGUGGGGGAUGCUCGCGUGUCUGUGCACCGUGCUCUGGCAGCUCCCUGCAGUGCCAGCCCUCAACCGCACAGGAGACCCGGGGCCUGGCCCCUCCAUCCAGAAAACCUAUGACCUCACCCGCUACCUGGAGCACCAGCUCCGCAGCUUGGCUGGGACCUAUCUGAACUACCUGGGCCCCCCUUUCAACGAGCCUGACUUCAACCCCCCUCGGCUGGGGGUGGAGACUCUGCCCAAGGCCACUGUCAACCUGGAGGUGUGGCGAAGCCUCAACGACAAACUGCGGCUGACCCAGAACUACGAGGCCUACAGCCACCUCCUAUGCUACCUGCGGGGCCUCAACCGCCAGGCCGCCACGGCCGAGCUGCGCCGCAGCCUGGCCCACUUCUGCACCAGCCUCCAGGGCCUGCUGGGCAGCAUCGCAGGCGUCAUGGCAGCUCUGGGCUACCCGCUGCCCCAGCCUCUGCCCGGGACUGAGCCCACCUGGGCCCCUGGCCCUGCCCACAGUGACUUCCUCCAAAAGAUGGACGACUUCUGGCUGUUGAAGGAGCUGCAGACCUGGCUGUGGCGCUCAGCCAAGGACUUCAACCGACUCAAGAAGAAGAUGCAGCCUCCGGCCACCGCAGUCACCCUACACCUGGAGGCCCGUGGCUUCUGAUCUCCGACCACCCUCUCCUUCCCUUCCUCCUUCCAGUCCUGCUCCCACUCUAGGAGGGAGAAACGCAUACACCAACACUCAUUGAGCCAGGAGACUGAAGCCGUGAGCCUCCAGCCUCCCUGGACUUGGAGGAGGGUGUGAUGCAAUGAGGCCCAUCCCCUCCUGGCCUCCCUAAGUCCUACGGGUCUGAGGAAGAGGUGCAAUAGGCCCCAUCCCAUUUCCACAGGAUGUCAUGCUCAAGGGCACCCAGAGUGGCUGCAGUCGGCAUGAGGCUCUUGCAGCUUCCUGCUUCCUGCCCACCACUUGCCAGCGCCCACUCAGCCCCUCAAGUGGCACUUCCAGGAAGCGUGCCUGUAGGGCAGGGAGAGGGGGGCACCAUCACAUGUGCCUUUCUGGGGUGAAACCCUUUGGCUGCCCUGCUCUCCUUAGAUGGGUGUUGCUCCCCCACCCCUCAAACAACUCAAUACAUCCAGUUCAGGAAACACACGGUGGCCAAGUCCAGACGGAAGAGAUGGGAUGAAAAAUGGAAGAGGUGGGGUCUGCAAUGGAGGUAAUACUGAAAGCAGAGGGGCAGGGACAGACUGGACCCAGGGGUCACCAAGGUGAUCCGUGGCACAGGGUGUCGUCCAGAAGGACACGGCCUUGGAUUUCCUUGCCAGCUGCAGGGUGCCUCCCCUCCGCCCCCUUUCCCAGGGUAUCUGUGGGUUGCCCAGGCUGGGGAGGGCAACCAUAGCCACAGCCACAGAAUUUCCUGAAAGUUUACAUUGCGGUAGCAUUUCGGGGUAUGGGGGCAGCUCCCCUAGGCCCUGCUCCCCAGCCCCACCCAACUCAUGACUCUUUUAAGUUUGUUGUAUUAAUAUUUAUUUAUUUGGAGAUGUUAUUUAUUAGAUGAUAUUUAUUGCAGAAUUUCUAUUCUUGUAUUAACAAAUAAAAUGCUUGCCCCAGAA